CGACUAAAUGGCAGACACUGGUUCUGGUCAUGCAGGGACCCCCAAUUUGACCUGGGUUAAUGUAGCUAUAGCUUCGACAUUCAUUCUCGUCAAUGGUGCCAUUUCAGUGGCAUUGGGAUUGAAGUUGGAAAAGACCUUAAUCAUUGCUGCGAUCCGUUGUCUUGUACAAUUGACAAUCAUGGGCUUUAUUCUUGAAGACGUUUUUAAAACAAGAUCCCCAGCACUUGUUAUGCUUAUGGCCUGCAUAUUAAUUCUUCUUGGUGCAUAUGAAACAGUAUAUAACAAGUCAAAACAAUCAUACCGUGGCAUGUUUAUAUCCGUACUGUUAUCUUCUGGGAUAUCUACAUUAGUUAUCGGCAUCAUUGGGUCACGAUGGGCAAUGAAACAAAACCCAUUUUGGAUACCUGAAGUGUUUAUACCUACCAUGGGCAUGUUACUUGGAAAUGCUAUGAGUGGUAUGGCUGUUGCCCUAAGCAGUUGCUUAUCAAGUGUGAGCAAUCAAAAAGAACAAAUAGAAACUUAUUUGGCAUUCGGUGCUAGCCGAUGGGAAGCUGGCCAAUCCAUUGCCGUCGAAGCAGUUAGACUAUCGAUGUUGCCUACAAUUAAUCAAAUGUCAGUAAUCGGUUUGAUUGCUAUUCCUGGUAUGAUGACAGGUCAGAUUCUGGGUGGUGCACCAGUGAGUAAUGCAGUUAAAUAUCAACAAAUUAUCAUGUUCUUGAUAUCUGCCAGUACUGCCUUGGGUGUUCUUAGUGCUGUUAUUGCUUGUGUUAGGGUGCUCAUAGACUCUAGACAUAGACUUAGACCUGAGAGAAUAAUUAAUGGCAGAGCUAGUCUAUUACAAGACAUCAAACAGGCAAUCAUAUCGCUAUGGCGUGGAUUCAUCUAUGUAUUUUGUUGUUUAGCAGAGGCAAAGAAGAAACAAACUACUGAUAUUGACGACGAUGAUGAGCAGCAAGAUGAGCAACGUAAACCUUUAUUAAAUAGUCAAUAAUUCAUUGCUUGGUUCUCCUUCCUUUAUUCAUAACCUUACAUUAUUCUACACAUAUUCAAGCAUAUUAAAUAAACGAGUCCAGUAGAUCUAUUCGACCAAUCAUAUUAUAUUUAAGAAAGUAGAG